AUAACGUUUAAGACCUCCAACACAUAAAUUGUUUGCGCGAAAGCCUGAAGCUUCUAUUGAAGAAAUUUCAUUUACAAGUCAGAGCGCUUUCCCCGAUGUUUGAAAUGGACGGGUCUUCAAGAUAACAUGUAAUCUGCCGGUUAAAACACUUGACCUUUCUGAAGAAAGACGCUAAACGAAAUUCAGAAUUGAUUUAAAUUGAAGACAAUUAAUGAGAAGCGCCAACUCGAGUGUAAAGGAAACAGACUCAAAGUAAUUCGUUAUGAGCGAGUCGAGAUCAUCUUCACCCCUUCUGGGGAAAGAAAGCAAAUCCAACCAAGAAGGCUCCGGAAAUGAGUUAGAAAACAAAACUUCUUCUCUGGAAGCAUUUUUCAAUAUCUUUAAUGCCAACAUGGGCACUGGGGUUCUAGCUAUGCCGUAUGUUAUACGUCUGACCGGCUACUGGGGAGUCAUUCUCAUCAUUAUUAUCGCUGCUCUCGGUAAUUAUACGGGCAAACUUCUGAUCUACUGUCUUCGGGAGGACACUGCUUAUGAAAACCUCUCAAAGGCCACUUACGCCGACCUGGGUGAAGCAUUCUGGCCCCGAUAUGGGCGCGUCAUGGUGCACAUUACUAACUUCUUUGAACAGUUCUCGCACUGCACUCUAUUCCUUAUCAUGUGUGGGACUGUGCUGCACCACACGUUUCCAGAUAGCUUCGUGUCAGAGAGCGUUUGGAUCGCGGUGGUCUCCAUUGCUGUGUUGCCGUGUGCUGGCGUCCGUACAAUGAAGCACAUCUCUUGGAUCAGUAUCUUAACUGUUAUCGUGGCUCUGGUCACUUCGACCUGUGUGUUGGUAUUUGCUCUGGCUCACUUUCAACAAUGGAGGACUCACGAACUAGCUCCACUGAAAUUCAAAGAAAUGUCCAUUGCCAUGGGAAUCAUCGUGGUAACCUAUUCAUCACAGGCUUAUCUACCUAUCAUCGAAAAGUCCAUGCGGUAUCCAGGAGAGUUUAACGCCAUCAUGGAUUUCACCUAUACUCUGGUUACCAUUAUCAAAUUCAACUAUGGAAUCCUGGUGUUCUUCUGUUUCAGGGAACACACAGAGCAGAUUAUGACACUUAGUGUCCCACAUGGUGCGUUCCGCAUCACUCUUUCUCUCGCAGUUAUCGUCACAGCACUUCUGUUUUAUGUGGUUCCCAUGUUCACGCUGUAUGACAUUUUUGAACACCAGCUCAAUAUUCCUCUGUUUGCUGAACUCAAAGAUGAGCCUCUCCGAUGCAACAGGAAUUCCAUGCCAAAACUGGUGUUCAGGUUCAUGUUUAUUUUGCUCUCUACUCUUGUGGCAAUUUUCGUGCCUCAUUUCGGUUUACUAAUGGCCUUUGUCGGCAGUUUCACCGGCACCAUUUUAGUGCUUAUAUAUCCGUGUCUUUUUCAUAUUAAGCUUCACUAUUCCACUAUGCCUUGGUAUCAUAUAUUGUUCGAUGUGUCAAUAGCUGUGUUUGGUUUAGUAGGCUGUUUAUGUGGGGUGGUAUUUUCUUCCAUUCAGAUCGCUAAAGAGUAUGAUUUUUAUAGAAUGUGGGGAAUCGAGCCGGAUGAGUAACGAGGCUGGAGACUUUUGUUUCACAUAAAAGAAAAAGUAUUGUUAUCUCAAAAAUAUCAACAGCUGGGAGACUAUUUCAGAUUUAAAUCUUGACUGACGUCAGAGAGCUUUCAAGAUGGAAAUAAAUAACCAUUCACUCUCAUUUUUGUUUUUCUGAGCGGAAACGUUUCCUUGGAAAAUAUGUGAGUCUUAUCGCGCUAGCGCUACUGACUUAAACAAGAAACUAAAAACCAGAGAAUUUUGAUUCAAAGGGAAUAAUAUAUGUAUUUUGAUAUCCUCGGCCUUACUAUUUUAAUUUUGGGACGGUUUGUAGCGGUCACGAAAUGCUAAUCAGUCGUUUUUACAAUCGAGCCGGUACAGCUGGCAACUUUGACCCUAGCUUUAUUAAUAAAAUAACUCUUGGUUUGCAAGAAUGGAAAUAACUUCUUAAUGUGGGAAUAUUUUCUAGAAUUGCUACAUUUCGGUGUUCAACUCGUAGACUUAAAAUGCUGACAAGGAUUCGAAUUUUUAUUUUAAUCUAAAUGAGGAUGUGAAAAUAGGAUCGAGGAAAUUGAGAGCAAAGGCGACCAAAUGUUGUGGCAAAUGAAUUCAGAAUAUAACGUGUGUGUCACAGGAGUAUAACGAUGUUAGUUAUUAUCAUGAAAGAAAUAUAAUAAAAAUUCAUUUCAAGGGAC